CUCUUUUACAGCACCCUGAACGACAGCAUCCGUAGCAAUCAGCACUUCUGAUAUAGAUUGUUCUAUCCUAUCGUAAAUAGUUUGGACCAGGGAAAAUUGGAAUGGGGAAAUCAGGAGACAUGGCUUUCCUUGAGUCUGUAUAUCACGAAGCAGUUCUUCAUAUGCUCGCCUGGCAACAUCCAAAUUAACAGAGAUUCCUUCCUUGAUUGCAUAACAUUUCCGGUGUCGCACAUUAAGAGAGCUUUUUUUGCUGCUAAACACGGCCUCAUCUUGAAAUCGGUCGUACAAUAUUUCCUUGAUUCUAUCGAUUCGUUCAUCAGCCAACAGCUCGCUUUUCUUUUUCAACAGGUCACUUUUAAAAUUCUUCAUUAAGUGCCGAAGUGGAAUGACAACAAACAGCAUUUGUUUCAGGCGCAGCAACUGCGUCAAAGUAAAGUCGGCACUUUGGACAGUUGGCUCUCGAGGUGAUUCAAUGAACACAUUGAACAAAUUGCCCAAGUCGUACGUGGAGCCCAUAACUUGGCGUAACUUCUCCACAAGAUGAGGAUUGUCUGUCAGUUCUUCAACAGCAUCCAAUCUUCCAUCAAUAACUACUUGAUCACCAGAGGGUUGAAGAAGAUUAGAUCGAAGAAGACGUGCACCUGCCGAAGUUUGAGUUUCAUCAACGAUCGCAAGUAAUGAUUUCCGCUCCUUCCUGGGAUGAUUGUUAUCUAUCUCGAGAUUUUUCCAUGAACCAGCGUCAAGGAGACACAGUUUCUCAAUGUCACGGUAAACAAAAUGAAGAGUUUUUGAGGCGAAUACUAUAUUUUGGAUGUGCUCCACGUACUUUAUGAGCGCAGAGCAGCUCUGCAUACAAAAUUGCUUUUCCAAGACUACGUUAUCGCAGUUUGAUAUUUCAGCGUUUGCCAAUUGCGUCACCAGUUCGGCACCGCGUUGGUGAUUGAAGAACCUUCUGUGAACGCUUGUCACAGUUGCGUUUGGUAG